UUUUUGUGAAGUCUAUUCUGUUUUUUACAACGUGUCUGCUCCAAAGAAUCCAGCUUUCAACUUCCUUGGAUAAAAAUCUGUAAACUGGCAACAAGAUGAACAUUUCUGCAAAUUAUGAUUAUAUGAGCACCACAGAAUUUUAUUACGAUGAUACAGCAACACCGUGUCCAGGUGUCACUGUCCAAGAAUUUGCUUCCCGUGUUCUGCCACCACUUUACUCUUUCGUGUUCAUAUUUGGCCUCCUGGGAAAUGCACUGGUUGUGCUGAUCAUCAUCAGGUACAAGAAGCUCAAGAGCAUGACCGAUAUCUACUUGCUAAACCUAGCCAUCUCCGAUUUGCUCUUUAUAGCCUUACUCCCUUUCUGGGCUUAUUAUGCUGCACAUGAGUGGGUAUUUGGAAAUGCACUGUGCAAAAUUUUAUCUGGACUCUACCUCACAGGCUUCUACAGUGGAAACUUCUUCAUCAUCCUUUUGACCAUUGACCGGUACCUAGCAAUAGUCCAUGCAGUGUUUGCCUUAAAGGCCAGGACUGUGGUCUAUGGCAUUCUCACCAGUUUCAUCACAUGGGGUGUUGCAAUUUUAGCCUCUGUGCCGGGUCUUGUCUUUCACAAAUUACAAAGAGAAAAUGAUCGCUGGACAUGCACACCUCACUUUCCACUUGAUACUCAAAUCCAAUGGAACCAGUUCAUGACCCUGAAAAUGAACCUCAUAGGCCUCAUCUUUCCAAUGAUUGUGAUGACUGUUUGCUAUUCACAGAUCAUAAACACCCUGAUGAGAUGCAGGAACGAGAAGAAGAACAAAGCGGUCAGACUUAUUUUUAUCAUCAUGAUUGUUUAUUUCAUCUUCUGGGCCCCAUACAACAUUGUUCUUCUGCUCCAGACCUUUCAGAUCUCAUUCUCCCUCAACACUUGCGAUGGCAUUAGUAAUCUGGGUAUUGCAGUACAGGUGACAGAGACAUUAGCGAUGGCCCACUGUUGCAUCAAUCCUGUGAUCUACGCUUUAGCCGGCGAGAAGUUCCGAAAGUAUACUUGCAGCUUUUUCCAAAAGCACGUUGCUCUCUGUCUCUCAAACUACUGCCGGUUUUUGUACUCUGAGCCGCUGGAACGUGCCAGUUCCACCUACUCUCAUUCUACUGGGGAGCAAGACAUUUCAGCGGUGUUGUGACGGAUGCCCAGAGAAAAAGGGAAAAUAACCUUUACAGAUGCUCCUCCUCAGACAAUUCUUCAUACUGGACUCUUAUGAGGUUAUAAAAGGUCACACAUUUAUGACAACAUGCAGUUUUUAUGCUAAAAACUAAGUUUUAGCUUGGAUGGAUUUUUACUUUGUUUCUAUCAGUUGCCAGGCUGUGUGACAUACCAGUGUCACAUACAAUGAAGCUGGUAUGAUAAUUAAUAUCAUCAGGCGUUUAGGAAAUAACAGAGAAAAAGAAACACUUGUACAAGCAAGUCAUAUGUCUUAUAUUUUGUAGACUUGGAAAGUAUUAUUUAAUGCAGGACAACAGUUUGUCAAACUUUAUCCAAAGCAAAUGGUGCUGUAAGACGUGUCUUUGUAUUUUCUGCAAUAUACUAAUCUGACUAUCCUCUGGAAAUUGUAAAAAUUAGUUUUCUUAGAUAUAUUAAAAUUCCUCAGAAAGGUGAGCAAUAAGUUCCUUCUAAAUAUAAUGAAUGUCCUCUCGCCAUACUUUGUCAGCCAGCAAAGCAUUUGUCGGCUGAGUCCUGUAUUAAGUCAUAAUGCUGGUAAGAGAGUGGACAGAUUGGUGCCAUUCACACAACUACCCACCCCAUUCACAGACUUGCCACACACAGCAUCUCAUCCACAGACACAUUGAUAUACACCAAUAUUCACGCAUAUAUACUCACCCCUCCCCUACUCAUGCAUAUUCAGACACUUCUCACAAAGUUAUACUCAACUACUCCAUUAACAGAAGCAAAAAUAUAGAUACACCCACACACCAUUCCCACUCACAUUUACUUUCCACACACAUAAACACAAACAACAAUCCUGUUUACAAAGACAUGCAGACAUUACCGCACCCCUUGCUGCUCUCUCUGGAUCCCUUGCAGAUCUUUAACUCUCCUGUUCUCCUCAUCCCAUUUUCUCUCUACUCUUUUCUUAGUUCCAGAAUUCUUCCCUGCUACAUGAGAUCUGGGUUCCAGAACCUCCCCAUGGCACUUAUCCAGUUCUCACAUCCAGAUUUGCUGCCCUCUCACAUUUAUACAUUUGCCCUCUGUUGUCUGGGUUCGCACCUCCUGCAGCAGCUCCUCCUCCUCUUCCCUCUUCAGGAGGACAAAAUGACCAUAAUUCCUUGAAUAUGCCUAGAUUUUUUAAUGUGAUUGUUUAAGACUGUUUACUGUCCCACCCGUUUUGGCUUUGGCUUGGCCAUGGCUUGAGAUCUUGGGCAAAAGUGGUAUCAGCUUGUACUGUAUAUGGCAGCCAUGCAGAAGUGUUUUGAUACAUGUCCUUUCUGGUGCCAGUUCUCCCACUCCUGUGACUGCACCCUGCAUGAUGCUUAAAAUUUUUUUAAUGAGAGAAUGGAGCUUUCUGCUGUUCAGAGAUCUUCCCCUCUUCCAAUGCACCAUGGAAGAGAGAUUGGUUACCUGAUGUUGGGGGCUUUGCUUCAUGCUGUGCUUGCCACAGACAACAGGAUGCCGGUCUCUGGUGUUGGGAAUUGGAUGGAGGCUAGAAAGGAGAGGGAAUUUCUGCCUUCGCUGGUCUCUUGGAGUAAAAUGUAGAAAUGCCAGGAUAAAGACAUAUGCUGCAUCCUGGCCAAAGCCUGCUGAGCCCUUUAUCAGUGGAAACUCUGAGAUGUGAAGUUCUGGAGUACAAUUCAAAUAUGAAAGCUCAAUGGCUCAAUCUUAUCUUGAAUUCACCCCUCAUCUAGAAAAGCAAACAUAUUUAUCAGGAAAGUGAUUUGGGUUGGGUGGGAGGAAUAUGGAGAUUCUGUAUGUGUUCAGUGAUUCAACGACAGUAAAAGUUGGAGUGAUUCUGAGGUCUGUUGGCUUGGUUUUAAAAACAUAUAAAAUGUAACUGACAGUUUGUGUACAGCGGUUUCAAGCAUUAUGAUAAAAAACCACAUGCAAAGUAAAAAAUUGGUAUUCCCCCUUGUGUGUGUUGUGUGCCAGCAGUUGAAAGUAAAUAAAAUGAUCACUUGGUCUUUGUUCAAAUUA